AUGCUGGCGGCGGAGGCAGAGGUGGUGGAGCCGAUGCUAUCGGAGGAGUCGGAGGGAGAGUCGCCGUCGGAUGGGGAGGAGCCGGCGUCGGAGGGGGAUGAGGAGUGGCGGAGGUGCCGUCUGUGCGAUUGCCUGUGCCGCUGGACUUAUUUCCGCUCCUGCGCUUACCGCCGCGUCGCCCCCGGGAUUGACUACGUCCGCCUCCCCGCCGCCGCCGCCGCCGAUGACGACCACCACCUCCCCGCCUGGUCGCUGCUGGUCGGCGUUGCCGACGGCGCCUCCUCCUCCCUACGGGUGAGCCGCCUCCGCGUGGCGCGGUCCGGCCGCAUCCUCGGCCGGAGCGACGACGCGCUCGACGUCUUCCACGACAUCGCCCUCGCCAAGCCGCCGGAGUACACCUUCAAAGCUGGCGCCGCCCCCCUGGCUUCCGACGGCCGCUCGCUCUGCGUCCUGCAUCACGCACUUGAGCAGCAACCCCAGGCCCUGCAGCUAACUCUGCACCCGCCGCAGCCGCACGAGACGCCUCUGCCGCUGCCGGAGAUCGAAGGGACCACCGCCGACCAUUGCGUGCCCAUCUCCGCCGGCGGCCACGUCUGGGCUCUCUUGGUCAUGCGCCGCCUUGUCCCUGCGUCCGGCGGCGGGACGCGGUGGGAGCUUGUCGGGAGCCCCUUCGCCAGCCCACGCUUACACUACCCCUUGCCCCCGUGGACUGGCAGGUUGCUCCAGGGCUACGCCGUGAUCCCCGACGCCAAGCUCAUCCUCGUCUCCUUGCUACAAUACGGCCUCUUCCUCACCUUCGCCACUGACUCCGGCAGCUGGACUCGGGUGCUCACCGACACCGACGAAACAAGGUCGCAACGCUACCUCCCUAUCCUUGGCCGCGCCAUAUAUGUCGAACACCACAAUGCCGUCUACUUUCUCCGCGACAACAUCAUCUAUGCCUACAAGCUCACAUACCAAAAGGAUGAUCAGGAGGGGACGCUGCAGCUCAAGCUCGAUCUGCCCGUCCAGAUCGAGUUUCUCUGCCCUUUCCAACCCGAGCAAGGCUACGGCUUACUCACCCGCCUUUCCAGCCGCCUCAUGUGCGCUGUCUGGAUCAGUGUGGCGUGGCUCGAUCCAUGCCCGUGCCAGCACCUGCACGCCAUUGUCACCACCUUCUACCUCCAUGACACCCAGGACCUGGCUCAGGGAGGAAUCAUGGCGCUGCAUUCCACUUUCCGUCAGCUAGACAUGGUGCCCAAUCCGGCAGCACACCAGCAUUUCUGCUUCCUACAGGAGUAUGAAGACCAGGGCUCUCUGGUGCUGCAGCAUCGUGGAGAAGAGGAAGAGGGUCUAACCAGUUCCCAGCACGUCGAGCAUCCAUCCAAGAUGCUUAGUUGUUGCAGAUACAUGAUGAAAAUGCGCUCAACUCCUCCCUCGGGACCGAGUCGCAGCCUGCCGGUUGAUCCUGCUUCAAGACAACAAGUCUGUUCCUGAAGUCAUGCUGUGCCUGUGAAGCCGGCUACAACAACUAUCAAGAAAGAUCUGAU